UUGCCAUGGUUUUCAUGUAAACAGUGACCUAUACAGAGAACACGUGGGUCCUAGCGCCGGGCGCGUCUGUUCCAGCUGCAGGUGUCAUGUCUGCUCCACACCUUUCAAGCUGCUGCCAGUCUCCAUGUCAUGACGGCUAUUCAGGCGGAGUCACCUUUGUGCUGGGCGCCUUGGAUGGAGACCCUGUGAAGUUACAUUUCUUAAAGGAUUAUGUUUGUAAAGCACUGUAUAGUCUCAUUCAUGGGUUCCGAGCAACUGCGUUCAAUAUUAUCUAUUUCUCCCAUGUGAUUAACAAGUGGUGCGAUAGCACUGUGACAUGGAGGCCAGAGGCUGUGGCCCAAGCCGUUUCAUGGACCCAAGGUCUGGCUUGCGGGGCAGGAGCGAGCGCUACUGGUGCCCUGGCUGCAGCGUUGGAGGAUCCUGAGUGCAAAGCUGUAUACUUGGUAAUAGAUGCCCUACCGCCCAGUGUGCUGACCAAUAUCUACAGUUACCUAUCCCGGAAUGAGAGUGCCUGUGCGGUAAAUGUGGUGUAUCUAACAGAAGAGCCCAAUGACCGCAAGGCAGAAGGGUCUUUCCGUGAGAUAAACCUAAAGCCUCUUGGACCAUCCAGUAUGACAAAAAGCACUGAGAUUACAACCAUGAGUCACUGCUGUCGUACCCCUUCACCCUGCACUGCCUCUACAGUUCACCCUCUGGAGCUCCGCCCACCACCCAGUUGCAGUGUGACGUGCAAAAAAACUCCAGGACUUUAUCUAUCAAAUUCAGCCCAAAUUACCAAAACUCCAGCAGCUUUAAGUCUUCUGAGAGGGGCCCGAGUCCUAGCCCGCAGGGACAGAGAUGGGCUGUAUUACAUGGGGCAUAUUGCUUGUGAAGUGGAGGGCUCUCCGGACCGUUUUCUUGUGGAGUUUGAAAAAUGUGUUUUUAAGGGAAAAGCUCAGUUCCGUAUGCAGGAGACACCGAUCUGUGACAUCAUCCAUUAUGAAGAUGCAAGAUGGAGGCCUUUAAUUCCUGGAGAUCAUGUGUUGGCUCCACUAAAUACCAGCAUGGAGCAGUAUGGACCUGGAACCAUUUUAAGAGGAGCGGAGAACCGAGAAAGAGGCUUGGCUUUUGAUAGUAAUGGAGUUCUCGUAGCAUUCUGGAAUGGAAAGACCAAACAAGUUCCUGCAGGCCUCUCCAUCUGGAUCUCACAGGAUUUAAGUGACCGCAUUACUCUGGAGCUCCACAUCCCGCCAGAAGCCCGGAAGAAGCUGAUGGAGUCUUGCCCCGGGUUCCCUUUUAUAGGGACUGGUUAUAAACAUCCCCAGUGUCAAGCUGAAGAAUCAAUUCUUACACCCAGCUCCAAUAACUGUUUGUAUUGCGUUUCUGACUCUGAUGUUUGCCAGAGGUGCCAUGUACCGGAGGAGCUGUGGGCGGCUCUGAGAAACUCCUUGAAUCACAUCAACAAUAUCACUUUACCAAAGGAGAAAUUGGCCAAAAAAGUGGGAAAGAAGAAGGACCUUAAACAAGAUGCUUCUCCAAAGACUGUCCACAGCAAAGAGAGGGUGAGACCUCAGAGUAGAGUCCCACUAGAAAGGGAGGGAUCCCAGCAACAGAAGCAGAAGAAACAUGUUGUGGUUAACAGAGACACACAGACAGAAGGAAUAUUACGAUCAAGCAUCAGUCCAAUCAAAUAUGACUUGCAAAAAACAGAUGAUGGUGCAAUUUCCUCCUCAUACAAUCCCUCAAGGCAAAACAUGACACAUCUCCAAACCACCUUGGAACGUAUUAAUCAGGCAAUGAAAGAGGACCGAAAGGCUAUGGAAUCAGCUUUACUUGAGCGCCGACCCCGUUCUGCUCCUCUCAAACUGAAUUACGAAGUAAAGGCACAAAGCAACCAGGAGCUGAAGGAGAGAAAGGAAGCAGAAAAGGCCAAACUAUGGAAGAUUCAGGCAGAAGAGAGACAGAGGAGGAAGGAGGAGAAAUUCAAAGAGUUGGAAGAGAGAGAAGACAUACUGCAAGACAGCAGAAGGCUGUAUACAGAGCAAAGGAUCCUACUUGACCUGGAGAGGAGACAGAACCAAGAGGGCUUAGAGGUCCAACAGGCCGAGACCCGCAGGGCAGUGACUGAAGAGAGGAGCAGGAAGAAGGAUGAAGAUAGGGAGAGGGAGUGGAGGAAAGAUGAGGACAGAAUGAAAUACUGGAGAGAUCUCCGGCAGCAGAGAGAGAGCGUAGAGGUGGAGAAGAGCUGGAAGCUCCAUGAACAGGAAGAGAGACAGAAGGAAAUUACGGGUAGCCAGAUAGCAGCAAAGCAGAGACAGCAAGAGGCAGAUCUCAAAGAAUGGCGUCGGCACCAGCAGCUACAGUCAGGAGCCAAGCGCAGAAUUUCCAGCAAGCUGGAGCAGUUCUAUCAGCAGGCAGAGCAGGAGUCUCAGAAGGACAGAGACUUGCAGUACUACUUGAAGGACCACAAUCUUCAGAUGCUGCGCUCAGCUAUAGUUCUCUGAACAUCCUAAUUUACCAAACACUUUACAAUCUGAUUCUACAGUCUGCUUUAAGUAUGCCAACCACUAUGUAGCUCAAGCGACCUGCUUGAUUGGAUAGAAAUAGUUUGGGUAGGUCCUCAUUACAUAUAUUUUGUAUACCUAGAUUGUAUUGUGGAAUUCAAGGUGAAACACAUAUCAAAUUAGUGAAAAUGAAAGGCCAAAAUAUGAUCAUAGUGGCUCCAGAGCCAUUACUAUGUGUAGCAAGACCCUUAGAGAAGAAUCAUUAAAAUAGAUCUAAACCCAAUUUGUUCUUUAUUCUUCACACUGCAUUUGAUCUAAUAAUUAUCCAACAUAUGCAGAAGGUAAAAAUUAUAAAUUCUUUUGCUGCUAUUCAUUAAAGGAUAUAUACACCGAUCAGCCAUAA